UUCGACGAUCAAAGACAAAAGGUUAUUGAUUUUACUGAUUACAAUCAUAGGUUGGUACAAUCAGUUUGUUCAGUAGUAGACGAGUUCUCAAUUGAUGAAUAAAGUUUCAAUCUAUUAAAGCUUGAACUUGAACACAUUAGACACUAUGAUUUCAUUGGGGUUGAUGAGCUUCUCUCAAAUUUCUUUGGUAAUACAGUUAACAUCAAUUUGGAAAGAUUAAUGGAAAACAUUAUUGAUCCCUUCUGGGAGGAUUUUAUUGAACAAGAAUUGAUAGAGGUCAACAAGAGGCGUGAACAAGUGAUAUUAAGUAAUCUUUGUGGAGUAGGCAAUAUGAAGUUUAUGGAUGUGUGCAUGGAUUCUUUUUUAGUACUUGCUUCAUAUAUCCCACCAUUGCAAAAGAAGUCAAGAAUAAAAAUCCGUACAUCAAGAUUUAUUAUGAGUGAGAAAAGAUUGAUAAGUAGCAUACUGAUUCGUCUUGUCUUGCACAGAAGAAUAGGAUGGAGAGGAUUAUUCGGGGUUCCAAUUGAUCGUGGAAGACUGCCACAAAACUCGAGGACGAGUUUUCCCCAACCCCGAGAGAAUGAUGCAGAUACGUUAAGGAAGAAUAAAAUAUUUUAAUAUUUUAUGUUGUUUUCUUUUUUCAUAGUUGAAUUAGGGUUUUAAUUGUUUUUCUUUUCCAAGUUAAAUUGUUUUUCCUUUUUCAAGUAGACGUAGGUUAAUUAUGUCUUUUCCUAAAAGGAGUAGGAGAAAUUCUAUUCCUAUAAAUACUCUUUAUAGAGAGGUUGAUUAUUGUUAUGUGUUGAUUAAUAAAAGCUUGUUAGAGAGGUUUUCUCUAUUAUUUGGCCUACUAGCCUAGUGUUCUUGUAGAACUUAGGUUUCAUGGAAGAAUUGUAGUAAUUGUGUGUUACAGAUUCUGCUUCUACACGCCUACGCUGCAUCAGUUGGUAUCAGAGCAAGGCUAGGUUCCUACCAUGGCACAAAGAGGAGCAUGUGGGGGAAGACUUGUUGCCAUAGAUGACGUGUAUGAAUGCGAUGAGGUUGCACACGAUGUGCAAUUAGAGGCGUUCUUUCAACGAAUAGAUGAGUGGUUUGAUGCGCUUUCAAAGCAGCUCGCCGCCUUAGCCGUUGAAAACCAACCUCAAAACUGCCAUCCAAAUCCAUGUUAUGUGGAGGAGGAGGAGUAUUUUGAUGUUGAGGACGAGGACUACAAUAUCAAAAAGGAGGAUGAAUACAUUGAAAGCGUCUAUGUAAUAAAUUGGGAUUCUCCACCAAUUUAUGAUGACUAUCCUGAAGAUUUUAGUCAAGAAGACAAGAUUGAGCUUGAUAAAAAUAAAGUCAUAUACAUACAAGAAGAAUAGGAUGGAGAGGAUUAUUCGGGGUUUCAAUUGAUCGUGGAAGAUUGCCACAAAACUCGAGGACGAGUUUUCCCCAACCCCGAGAGAAUGAUGCAGAUAUGUUAAGGAAGAAUAAAAUAUUUUAAUAUUUUAUGUUGUUUUCUUUUUUCAUAGUUGAAUUAGGGUUUUAAUUGUUUUUCUUUUCCAAGUUAAAUUGUUUUUCCUUUUUCAAGUAGACGUAGGUUAAUUAUGUCUUUUCCUAAAAGGAGUAGGAGAAAUUCUAUUCCUAUAAAUACUCUUUAUAGAGAGGUUGAUUAUUGUUAUGUGUUGAUUAAUAAAAGCUUGUUAGAGAGGUUUUCUCUAUUAU